CCCCCGCAUGUAAUGGUGCAUCUUGACUUUGCUCUGAUAGGCUGCUCCGCUCUGCUAGUCUCGCCAUCUAUCAAAUCCUGAUGGUCACCCUCCCUCCACCAUGCAAUCCGGCUAGCCAAGUGCUGGUGCAGGGCUCCGAAUCUCACCCCCCGAUCCGAACCCAAAGCAAUCGUCGCUGAGGCGUCGGGCCAGACAACAUCUGCCCCGCCCGUGGCGGUCCUUUUUUCGCUUAGCACAUGCUGUGAAAUUCCACGCCAGAAAACCACUGUAAUACUCAGGUCACAGUCUUUUCCCCAACUCCCUCCAAUCACAGGCAGAAUGGCAAGCACUGGCAAGACUUUUGUAGUAGAGCAUCUCGACCCAGAACUCGAGGAAUGGUCGUCCUUGGAAUACUCAGCCAUUGCAGCAGAGUCCCACGCUUCGGGCGCUCAAUUCCUGCUCUCUUCUGUCCCGACUUCUUUGACCUUGCCCGCCAACCUCCAGGGCGCCAAGGGGCUCCAAGUCGAGACUAGGGGAAUCGAAGAGAUAUAUGCCGACAAAAAGGACAAAGUAUGCUUGCUCGAUCCAGCAGCUUCCAAGGACCUGAGCCCAGAAGACGGUGACACUUUUGACAUUUUUCUCUUCGGCGGUAUCCUGGGAGACGAUCCACCUCGAGACCGCACUUCGGAGCUGCGCAAGAAGGGAUAUCAAGGCCGUCGUCUGGGUCCAGUACAGAUGACAACCGACACUGCAGUCCGUGUGACUAGGAUCUGCGUCCAGGACAAGGUACCCGUCGACCAGAUCCCAUAUAUAGACCACCCAGAUCUGAAGAUCAACAAGAACGAGAGCACACAGAUGCCGUUUCGUUAUGUCAAGGGCAACGAUGGACAGCCUAUUAUGCCCCAGGGCAUGCGUGAUCUGAUCGUCAAAGACUCGGCCAAAAGUUUAAACGAUCUCUUUUAGAGAGAAUGGGACCAAGCCGCAGGCCCAGCCUCGAAGCCGCAGCCGGGUCCGGGGCUGGCAGCAUGGGAAACAUCCAUGCGCCACUGUGGCACGCAGUGUUCAACGACAAUAGACACGUACCACUUCAGGGAAUGUUUGUUAGCAUUAAUAACAGUACUCUGAGUCCUUCAUAGGUUCCGUGGUGUAGCACUGGUUGGUGGCUCGAGAGCUCACAGCCAGACGCUGGGGAGACGGGCCGAUUAGAGAGCGACAAUGCUCCAGAACCCUUUCUGCAUGUCCGUGGCAAGCUAGUACUAGUAAGUGAAGUUGGAUGAUGGUGUCGACAGUCAAGGCAAUCGCAAUAGUAGUAGUCGCCUCGAUAGUGCAAAAGAAGCCUUUGCCGUGAACUUCCAUGUUGCGAAACCCUUG